AUGUUGAUGGUAUUCUGGUGUGCGGCCGUGUGGCUGGCAUAUGUCAUAUUCGGCGCAAUAUAUCGGUUAUACUUCCACCCCCUGUCUCGUUUCCCGGGGCCGAAGGCGGCUGCACUAACCCGGUGGUAUGAAUUCUAUCACGAUGUGAUCAAACCUGGACAGUUUAUAUGGAAAAUUGAGAGUCUGCACGAAAGAUAUGGGCCGAUCGUACGAAUAACACCGGACGAACUGCACAUCAAGGAUCCGGAUUUCUACGAAGAUAUAUACGCACCUGCUUCCAAGAAGCGGGAUAAGUACGCCAACUGGACAAUCGGUGCUGGCGCGCCAACUUCAACGUUCGCAACCGUGUCCCAUGAUCAUCAUCGCCUCAGAAGAUCCGGAUUAAAUCACUUCUUUUCGAAAAGCGCAAUUUCCCACAAUGCCUCGGCGCUGAUCAGUGACAAGGUGGAGAGAUUAUGUCAACGGUUCUCCGAGGCCUGUAAAGCCGGAGCGGUAGUCAGGCUUGACGCAGCCUAUAUGGCACUGACAAUGGACAUAAUUACGCACUAUGCCUUUGGAGAGAGCUACAAUUACCUUGCGGAACCUGACUUCAAGCUUGAAUGGAAAGAUACGGUUAUUGGGGGAUCUGCUAGCGGUGCAUUCAUCCGACAAUUUCCUUGGGCUUUUCCCAUAAUGAAGUCCGUGCCUUUAAAUAUUAUGAACUAUCUCGCUCCAGAGGCUUCAUUACUGUUACAGUGGCAAAAAAUGGUGCGUCGGCAAGUUGACACUAUUAUUGGUAACAAUCGCUCUGGCUCGAAGGCACAUGGUACAAUUUUUCAGGCUCUAUUGGACAGUGACUUGCCUCCAGAGGAGAAAAGUGCAGAUCGACUUCAAGAUGAGGCACAGACCUUGGUUGGUGCUGGAAGUGAGACUACUGCGAAGACAUUGACAAUUGUCACGUUUUACCUGCUACAGAAUAAAUCAAUGCUGGAAAAGCUGCGCCAGGAAUUGUCAACAGUGGACUUGAAGUCAUUGAACUCAGCACACGACGUUUUGUCUGAGGUUGAACGUCUGCCUUAUAUGAAUGCCGUCAUCAGUGAAGCGCUGCGUCUUAUGCAUGGAGUCACUACUCGACUGCCUCGCGUGUCUCACGAUGUUAUCCAGUACAAAGAAUGGACGAUCCCUCCAGAGACACCAGUCAGCCAAUGUAAUUUGUUCGUUCACAUGGAUCGAACUCUUUUCCCCGAACCCACUGAUUUCAAACCGGAGCGCUGGAUUGAAGCCAAGCAAAAUAACACACGCUUAGACCGAUACAUGGUUUCUUUUGGUAAAGGUAGUCGACAAUGCGUGGGUAUCAAUCUCGCAUAUGCAGAAUUGUUUUUGACUCUUGCUACCGUAUUGCCUCGCUUCGAUAUGACGAUCUACAAAACCACCACGGAGGAUGUCCGUGUCGCCAGAGACUACUUUGUAGGUGUCCCAGAGCCGGGAUCGCAAGGAGUUCGUGUUACUGUAGAUAGAGUUUUGUGA